AUCCCAUUACUGUUAUCAUAACUAUCCUGAUUCUCGGUAACAAUCCAAAACUAGUGCAAAACUGCACAAGGACGAGGAAACAAGGAAGCUUUUGUUGACUGAUUCUUCGGUAUGCCGUCUUUUUCAUGCGACGGCAAUGCACACUACAUGCGACGUUCACAUACACAGCAAUGUACAGUACAUGCGAUGUUGGAUUAAGAAGAGGAGGAACAGCAAGGCCUACUAGCUAGCUAGCUCGUGCACUUGGUAUUUUUCACAAUGAACGGUGGUUAUCAACACGCGAUGGAUGGAUGGAUGGAUGGAUGGAUGGAUGGAUGGACGCACAGGAGGUUCUCGCAGCUAUUUCAAUUCGGGGGCGUGGACAUGGGCGCGACGGCGGCGGCGGCGCGUGGCCCGUGGUCGGUGACGUCGUAGAGCUCGCCGUCUCCCCAGAGCGCGUACGCCUCCUCGCCAUGGACGGCGUCGUCGCCGACCUCGAGCUUGUCCUGGGUCAUGCGCAGCGGGACGACGGCGUUGAUGGCGACGCAGAUGAUGGAGGUGACGGCCACGUUCCAUCCGAUGAUGAAGAGCGCGCCCGCCAGCUGCUUGCCGAGCUGCGCGCCGUCGCCGUAGAAGGCGCCCUUGGAGUUGGUGACCGGCAGGAAGAGCGCGCACAGGGUGGGGUCGGCGAGGAGCCCCGUGAGCAGGCCGCCCAGGAGCCCCGCCACGCCGUGCGUGUGGAUGACGCCCAGCGUGUCGUCCACGUGCUUCAGCAGCCGGGACCGCUUGUGCAGGAUCAUCAUCGUGUACCACGGCACGCUGCCGGCCAGCACGCCCAUCACCAUGGCCGCCCACCCCUGCACCAGCCCUGCGGCGGGCGUGAUGCAGACGAGUCCGGUGAUCAUGCCCUGGACGGCGCCCACGACGGAGGGCUUCUUGAAGAAGACGACGUCGAGGCAGGUCCAGACGAGGAGGCUCAUGGCGGUGCAGAUGUUGGUGUUGAGCACCGACAUGGACGCCACCACGUUGGCGGCGUACGGCCCGCCGCCGUUGAAGCCGGCCCACCCCAUCCACAGCAGGCCCGCGCCGGUGAGCGUGAACAGGAUGUUGUUCGGCGGGAACCUCUCCCUGUCCUUCUGCGCCCGGGGCCCCACCCAGUAGGCUGCCGUGAACCCGGCGAAGCCAGCGGAGAGGUGGAUGACGUAGCCGCCGCAGUAGUCGAUGACGCCCCACUGGAAGAGGAACCCGCCGCCCCAUACGGAGAAGGCGCCGACGGUGUAGGAGAAGGUGAGCCAGAGCGGCACGAACAGCAUCCACGCGGCGAAGCUCAUCCGGCCCAGCAGCGACCCGGCGACCAGCACCAGGGUGAUGGCCGCGAACACGCACUGGAAGUACACCACCGUGGCCAUCGGGUACAGCGGCUCCGCGGCCGGGGUCUCCAGGGCGCCGCUGGCGAAGUGGUGCGCCGUGGCGGGGAGGCCGGCCUGCCCCACCAGCCCGCCCUGGCUCAGCGCCGGCCGCGCCUUGCCCCACAGCGGCAGCAGCCUGUCGCCGAAGGACAUGUUGUAGGCCCAGGUCACCCAGCAGAUCCACACCGCCGCGAACGCGUACAGCGCCAUGAAGGCCGAGUUCACGGCCCACUUCUUCUUCACCACGCCGCCGUACAGGACCACCAGACCCGGGAAGCUCUGCAGCCCCACCAGCGUCGCCGCCGUCAGCUGCCACGCGUUGUCGCCCUUGUUCAGCCACUCGGGAGACGACGCCGACGUCUGGUACGCCAGCGGCAUCGUCGUCCCGGACGACGACGACAUGUUAGUUAGCUAGUUGCCGGCGGUCCUACGUAUACCUCUCUCUCUCUCUCUCUCUUAGCAGCUAGCUAGAGACGACGACCUCGACGACCCUCUCUCGC